AUGGCUGAAUUUGGAGAUUUGACAAAUCAGGAAGUGAUCAGCAGAUACCGGUUAGACAAGGAUGGCAUUAUGUUUCUUACUGAACUGCUUAGAGAAGAUCUGCAGCCAAAAACCCUGAAGAAAAAUGCCAUCACACCUUUGCAGAAAGUAAAAAUUGCUUUAAGAUACUUUGCAUCUGGAGAGAUUCAAUUGAAUGAUGGAGACAUACAUGUCAUAUCACAGCCAUCAGUGACAAGAUGUAUCUCACAAGUAAUACAUGCAUUGAGUAGACCUCAUAUUGUACAAAGAUACAUAAAAUUUCCCAAAACACAACAAGAAUUACAAGAUUUUGAAAGGGAAUUUUAUGGGACAGCCAGCUUUCCCAAUGUGUUUGGUGUUAUCGAUGGCACUCACGUGCAACUUCAAGCACCAACAGAGAUUGAAGAGGUGUAUGUUAACAGAAUGAAUUAUCAUAGCAUCAAUACUCAGGUACAAUUACUUAGUUCUACCAAGAUUGUUUAA